CACAGACACCAAAGGAUAAGACAUAAGAGACUAUUGAACACGAGAAAACGAAAAAGUAUAGCAAACUGAACAAAUAACAAUGGCUUCACCAUCAACACUUUCAUGGAGUUCUUCGUCUUGCCUUCACAGUUUCAGUGGACCCAACAUUGAAAUUUCCAAAUUACCAGACAAAAAAAUGGCUAUGGUUAUCUGGGCUCAAAAGAAAGCCAAAAAAACCAGAAAAAUUAUAUUGAAAGAAGAUGUGUCUGAUUUGGGGAAAAAAGGGCAGCUAGUUGAUGUCAAAGCUGGCUUUUACAGGAAUUAUCUUUUGCCUAUGGGCAAAGCCCAGAUUGUCACUCCUAUUUUUCUCAAGGAAAUGAAGAUAGAAGAGGAAAGAAUCGAGGCUGAGAAAAAACGGGUAAAAGAAGAAGCACAACAGCUUGCACUUGUUUUUGAAACUGUUGGAGCUUUCAAGGUGAAGCGCAAAGGUGGAAAGAACAAACAAAUAUUUGGAAGUGUAACUGCUCAAGAUCUUGUUGACAUCAUCAAGGCACAGCUUCAAAGGGAUAUCGACAAGCGAGUUGUUUCUCUUCCAGAAAUUAGGGAAACAGGAGAAUAUAUUGCUGAGCUUAAGCUUCAUCCUGAAGUUACGGCUCGCAUAAGGGUGAAUGUUUCUGCCAAUUAAGAAAAAGCAUCUGUUGGAGCCUACUUUUUGGAUGGAUAAUUUGUGUGAGCAACUUGCAUUUUUGUUUAAGGAUCACGGCAAAUGUCAUACCAAUCGAAAGAGAUCAGUAAAAUGCAAAAUUCGUACACAUCGUAUAGAUGGAAGAUCUUAAUUCUCACCUCAGCUGCAAUUUUACUGUUUCUUGCUCUUUUUUAUUUACUGUAGAAUUUAGAAUCUGUAAUCAUGUUGUGGAAGUUAUGGUGUUUUUACUUUGAUAAAUAUUAGCAAUUCUUCAUGAGACUA